AGGUUUAAAGGUCAUUGUUUUAUGUGUUUGCUCAUAUGAUAAUACAAUUAUAUAAGAGUGGUAUUUUUUAACCUGCAAAGUAUGAAUGUCAUUGCAUUAAAUGUGCAGAAAUGAUAAAUGGGAUUAAGUUGGAUCGAGUUGGAUGAAGGUCAUUAAUAUUGACGAUAUUGACUUCACAUUUGCGUAAUUUUGUUGGCACAAUCGUAUUAGUUGCGUUGAAGUCUUAAUAUGUUCAGCGAUCGUCAAUUGCCGCAAGCGAAAUACGAAUUGCUUAUUGAAAAUAAACGGAUCGGAUUAAACUGCAGUCGAGCACUCAGAGCAGCAGGUGUGGUUGUUGCCAUUGUUGUAAUUACGUGUUUAACAGUAUAUAUUUCAUGGAGAAGCUUGAAGUCAGUUGAUGACAGAGGCUUUGUGAAGAAGCUUUGGGAACUGAAUUUAAAAAAUUACGGCCCAGUUGAGAGGCUGCAGCAUAGAGCUGAACUGUAUGGGUCUGCACUAAAACAGUACUUAGAUUCCAAUCAGUCUUACACAGUUAUAGCAGUGGAAUCAGCAGUAAUCAACAGAUCAUCAAAUGAUGUAAAAACAAAAACAUUCAGGCUUGUCUGCUAUUAUACACUUCCCAGCAAUGGCACUGGAGGUGAUCUCAUGCCUGAGGAGAUUGACCCAUCCUUGUGUACCCAUAUCAAUAUAGCAUUUGCUCGCAUAACAAAUGGCUCUUUGCAGCCUGUUAAUUCGACAGUUAUGGGACUUUACAAUCGUGUCAGUGCCCUCAAGUCUCGUAACCCGUCCCUCAAAGUUUUACUGACCAUUGGAGGAAGUUCAGAGCCAGGAAGUUUCGGCACCGUGAGUGCAACUCAUGCCUCCAGAAAGCUAUUCAUCCAUGACACUCUUGCUCUGUUAGCCAAGUGUAAAUUGGAUGGGUUGGACUUUGACUGGGAGUUCCCAGCAUGGCAGAGUGACAAACGGGAGCGUGUCCAUUUCACACAGCUGCUUAUGGAACUGAGAGAUGAGUUGAACAGGAGGCAUUCUAAGUUUAUUGUUAGUGUGGCAGUGGCUGCCCCGAAGCCUAUAAUAGACUACUCUUAUGAUAUCCCUCAGAUGGCAGAAUAUGUUGACUAUGUGAAUGUCAUGACAUAUGAUUACCACUUCUAUGUAUGGUAUCUUCCAAUGACUGGCUUCAAUUCCCCUCUGUACAAACAAGCUGAUGAGAAUGGAUAUUUUGCAACAUUGAAUACAAACUGGACUGUCUCCUACUGGGAAAGCCAGGGCAUGCCCAAAGAAAAGAUAGUUGUGGGGCUUCCAACAUAUGGACAUUCAUUUACGCUUGUUAAUGAUGCCAACCACGGUGUUUCAGCACCAGUUUUGGGCUUUGGUGUGUUGGGAGAUAGUGGCUUUAUUAGUUACCCUCAGGUCUGCCAUUUUGUGGAAGAGGAAGCCGCUACUGUAUUUGAUCGAGACAGUCGAGUACCAUAUGCUUUCAAAAAUAGGGAAUGGAUUUCAUAUGAUGAUGAAAGAAGUUUGGCUUAUAAGGCUGAAUAUGUUGCAAGUGGCGGUUAUGGCGGAGCUAUGAUUUGGGCACUCAACAUGGAUGACUUCAAGGGUGAAUGUUCCAAUUCAAGGGAAAACUGGUUUCCCCUCAUUACCAAAGUUAAAUCAGUUCUAGCAGAUGACCAGUUGUGACAAAUGGAGCUGGGCUUAACGAAGGCCCUUGGUAUCUGAUGAUUUUCCCAAUUUUU